AUGGGAACGGACGAAUCAAACUCUCUCCCUAGGCCUAGAGCCAAAAUUCUAAUGCUUCAUGGAAAUGGACAGUCUGGAGGCUACUUCCACUCCAAGACACGACGCAUUCGCGACGGCUUACACCAAGCUUUUACAACUAGUAUCAGUGGAAAAGAACGGCCGUAUUUUCCUGAAGGGUUAGAAUUUUUGUACCCUGAUGCCCCACUGCCCUUGCCGGACAACUCGUCUGUGGAAGACAGUGCCAAUCACGACGAUAAUUUCCAGUCCCUCCUCACGCUGUAUGACAAUUACGAUGCGCGAAGCUCAUCCCGCGUAUGGGGUUACGGCGAUCCUGCUAGCGAUGAGCUCGUUGGGCUAGAGCUGACCUUUCGUUAUUUGCUCGGGAUAAUGCGUACGGAGGGACCAUUCAUCGGAGUUAUGGGAUUCUCAACUGGCGCAUGUCUAGCAGCUGUGCUGGCAGGGCUCCUGGAGAGAAAAGAUGGGUGUGAUUUCCAGGAUGAGGGACUAAAGACUCAGCAUCCGCAAUUACAAUUUGCGAUCUGUUUUAGCGGAUUCAAGCUGACGCAUCCAAAGUUCAAAUCGGUUUACCCGAGCCAGAUUUCGACACCAAUCCUCCACCUGGCCGGAAUUUAUGAUUUCUGGAUUCCAAGUUCAGAAACAAACACGCUGGCUGAGACCUGUGCGAAUGGGAAAAUGAUCUACUUUGAAGGUGCUCACUAUGUACCUCGUGGCGAAGACGCCGUAACGACUGUGGUGAACUUCAUCAAGGAGUCGCUUAAUUGGGAUGAUGAGCCUGCUCACAUGGAUGAUUGGGUUGACAUCUAG